CAGAACAUAUUCUUGUGCGCAACUUCUGCAUAAUUAUAUGCCUUUUAUCAUCUAUAAAUACAUUGUCUGUAAACCAGAACUUAAGGAGCAUUAAUUGAUUAUCAAAAAAGCAGAAGAAUAUUUGCAAAGAAAAUCCAGAGAAAGAUGUCUUCAUGCCAAGGAAAGAAUACGUGGCCCGAACUCGUAGGAGAAAAAGGGCAAAAAGCAGCAGAAAUUAUAGAGAAGGAGAAUCCUAAUGUGAAGGCUAUCGUCAUAUUAGAUGGAACUCCGGUUACAUUGGACUUCAGGUGUGACCGAGUUCGAGUUUUCGUUGAUUGCAAGGAUAUCGUGGUUCGUGCUCCUAUUAUUGGUUAAUGCAUAAGCAUAACUACGUAUGCACAUUAUGUGUAACUCCAUAAUGACUCUAUUAUGUAAUCUCGUCUUUUCGAUUUCAACUACUAUAUAUGAUAAUGUACAAUAAAAUCCAUGUCAAUUAUUGAUUAUGGUUUAAUGCUUCUAUGAUAUAAUAAGUAACACAUAUUAAGUAA